AUGUCGGGCCCUAGGAAGUACUCUCGCCAGGAGUUCUUGAGCAUAUUCCCGUCACUUGUGGAGGAUAUCAAGCAAGAUGCAGCCAAAUACAAGUUGCCUCCAAAUGCAAUGGAAUGGCUGGAGAAGUCAAUCAAUGUGAAUACACCCACGGGCAAGCUCAACCGCGGCAUGUCGGUGCCGGACUCGGUGUCGCAGCUCCUUAAUCGACCCUUGACCGACGAAGAAUUUACCAUGUCUGCGACCCUAGGAUGGCUGACCGAGCUCCUGCAAGCAUUCUUCCUGGUGAGCGACGACAUUAUGGACGGUAGCAUCACAAGAAGAGGGGAGCCGUGCUGGUACAAGCAGCCGAACGUGGGCAUGAUUGCAAUCAACGACGCCUUCAUGCUUGAGUCGGGAAUCUACCUGAUUCUCAAGAAGCGUUUCCGCUCACACCCUGCAUACCUGGAUCUGAUAGAACUCUUCCAUGAGGUCACCUGGCAGACCGAACUUGGUCAGUUGUGCGACUUGAUCACUGCGCCCGAGGAUCACGUCGACCUGAACAACUUCAGCAUGGACAAGUACACGUUCAUUGUCAUCUACAAGACCGCAUACUAUUCGUUCUACCUACCUGUUGCCAUGGCUUUGCACUACCUCCAGCUGGCGACUCCGGAAAAUCUCAAGCAAGCACAUGAUAUCCUUAUUCCGAUGGGCGAAUACUUCCAGAUACAAGACGACUACCUUGAUGCGUUUGGCGAUCCGUCGGUGAUCGGCAAGAUCGGAACAGACAUCAAAGAUAAUAAGUGCGGGUGGCUGAUCAAUCAGGCGCUACUGAUCGUGACGCCUGAACAGCGGAAACUCCUGGAUGAGAACUAUGGCCAGAAAGACGAUACCAAGGAGGCAAAGGUCAAGGAGCUGUACAAUGAGCUCAAACUGGAGCAGCGGUACCAAGAAUACGAGGAGAAGCGGGUGAGCGAGCUUCGCAAGAUGAUGGGCGGUGUUGGGAAUCAAGGUCUCAAGGGGGCACUGGAGACCUUCCUCGCCAAAAUUUACAAGAGAGGAAGGUAG